AUACUGCUUCUGUGCGUCCUACUCUGAUCUUUGACGUACGUGUUUUGACGCUACUUCUUGACACCCGCCAAAGCUCGGACCUGUGCUAGGCCACCAUGGACAUUCCACCAAACCAAACUAUUUAUGUUAACAACUUGUAUGAAAAAUUGAGCAAAGAAGAGAUGAAGAAAUGCUUAUACGCGAUGUUCUCGCAAUUCGGGAGAGUGCUGGACGUGGUCGCGAUGAAGACAUACCGCCUUCGCGGGCAGGCGUGGGUGGUCUUCACAGACACGGCAGCGGCGACCAACGCGCUGCGGACGAUGCAGGGCUUCCCCUUCUUUGACAAGCCCAUCCGCAUCACGUACGCCAAGACCAAGUCCGACGCGGUGGCCAAGGUGGACGGCACCUACAAGCCAGACAAGAAGAGCCGCGCGCAGAAGAACGCGGCGGCACGCGAGGCGAUGCUGAAGCGGCCGGCCGGCAACAAGCCCCUGCCCGUGUCCGCCGGCCCGGUGCCCUCCGCCGCCGCCUCAGCUGCCGCCGGCGCCGCCAACGCGCCCAACAAGAUCCUGUUCGUACAGAACCUGCCCGAGACCUCCAACGAGGCCAUGCUGGGCAUGCUGUUCCAGCAAUUCCCCGGCUUCCGCGAGGUGCGCAUGGUGGAGGCGCGGCCCGGCAUCGCCUUCGUCGAGUACGAGAACGAGAUGCAGAGCGGCACCGCCAUGCAGGGCCUGCAGGGAUUCAAGAUCACGCCCGCAAACGCCAUGAACAUCACCUUCGCCAAGCAGUAACUGUAACCGGAGGGAAAUCCUGGUCUGUUGGUUGUGGUGGUGGCGGUGAGGUGUGAAGCGAUGAUGGGUUGAAGGAGGAAGGGAGGAAAGGGGGAGGAUGCAGGGAGGUGUCAGCUGUAGCAGGAAGAGGAAGAGGGAGACGGCCAGGAUGCUGGCGGCAGCAGGCGCAAGCGGAAUGAGUUGUGGGUCCAGCAGCUUUAGCAGCAGAAUGAGCUACAGCCGCUGUCGGGGAGGGCUACCAGGAGCGGACGGUGGUGGUGGCGGCAGCAGCAGGUGGACCAGCAGCAGCAGCCUGCUGUUUUAUUAGAUAUGGCUACUGCCGGUGCUGGCAGGGACGACGGGAAAAGAUGACACAUGUUUCUUUGUUUGUGCUGUAAAGCCUGGUAAAGCAUUAAGA